AUGCGUGUGCAACAAGGUGUGUGUCUGUGUGCAGCAUGAUUGGUGUGUCUACUUGAGUACCUGACUUUUUGUGUGUGGCUCUGUAUCCCAAACACUGACUGAAUGGCAUGCUUGUGAAUUCUUGUAAUCUCAAUUCGGAUUUCUUUGUUCGACAUUACCGAUAUUUAAGGAUUGUUCGGUCUUGGUCAUUCCUCAUUUGAGAUCGAGAUCUAUUGUGCCUGGUGUGGAUUAUUGUGGACAUCUCUUCUGGAAUAACCACUUUUCUGAGACCAGGCAAUGUCCAGGAAACAGAACAGGUGGCAGGAGGCCCUCGUUGUAUACCCCAAGACCCACAAACUGACACAGAAGAAGAAGAGGAAAGUGGACACACCCACAUCCCAGGAACCCGGGCCAGCUAGGGUGGCUGUGACCAGUGGAGUUGACCAGCCGGGCAUCAGCAGGAAAAAUACUGUUAGCAUUAAAAGUAACAGCAGUGCUACUAGCGGCAGUGCUGUAGGCGCUAAUGGUAGCUACAGCAGUUGCCCUAGCUGUAGCAUCAGCAAAAGCGCUAGCAGCAAAAGUAGCGACAGUGUUAGCGGUAGCACUAGCCGACACGGCAGUGCUUGCAAAGCCAUGGUGGAGAAGACACCGACAGGUCGGUCCUGGCGGUGCCGGGAGGAACAACAGCAGAGGAUAGGAGGCGGGAGAAGAACCCUCCCCAGCAGCCGCAGUUCUCCAUCCAUCAGCACCUCCUCCUCUCUCUGCUCUUUGUCUCCCUCCAUGAGUGGCAGCGCUUCCCUCGACCAGCUCAGUCAAACCAUCUCCAGAGAAGAUGCCCAACAAUUCCUUCUAUUUUCCGGACCCAAGUCUCGGGCGGAGAGUGGUUGCUCCUCCCCAGAGAAGAACAUACCAGCUACAGACUCCUGGCAGCCAUCUUUGUCUCUGUCCAGUGUUUCUCCCAGGGACCCCCUGAGGAGGUCGCAGGUCAUAGACCAGUUAGAGGGUGAUCACGUUGACAACAUGGACACCAGCUCUUCAUCUGAGCCGACUUCCUCUUCCUCAUCAUUCUCCAACACCACAAGCCAGACCCGACACAGCAGACUGCAGAUAAGCAAAAAACAGGCCCUGGAAUCUGCUCUGAAGCGUUCGGCCCCGGAUGUCUCCAGACCAAACUUGCCCUGCUACCGCCGCUCCAAGUCCUUGGACCGGAGAGCAGCAGAAGCUACGGCCACCACAGCAACGCCUGACCUCCUCAACUUCAAAAAGGGCUGGAUGACCAGACUGACUGACAAAGGGCAGUGGAAGAAGCACUGGUUCGUCCUGACUGACCAAACCCUGAGGUUCUACAGAGAUGCUGUUGCUGAGGAGGCUGCUGAUUUGGAUGGCGAGAUUAACCUGUCUACUUGUUAUGACAUCACAGACUACCCAGUUCAGAGGAACUACGGCUUCCAGAUACACACUGCAGAGGGAGCAUUCACCCUGUGUGCCAUGACUUCUGGGAUCCGGAGGAACUGGGUCCAGGCAGUGAUGAAGAACGUGAGGCCCAAAGUGGCCCUGGUCGUCUCAAGUUCUCUUCCAGAGCAGAAGAAGCCACCAGCGCUAGCCCCUAUGGAGACACGCUCUGCAGAGGAAGAUGUGGAUCCAGAUCAGAGGAAGAACCGUAGUGUCCGCGAGCGUCGCCGGGAGGGACGCUACAAAACCUUUGACUGGGCUGAUUAUAGCCGCCAACAGCACCACCAGGGAGUAGAGAAGGAGGCGGAGCCCAGUGGACAGCCGCGUCCUGUGGUAGGAUGGGACACCGCUGACGGCGGCAGCCCAUCACCAGUCUCCUCCUCCUCUGUCUCUGCCUCCUCUCUGGUUGCCUCUAACUCCUGCUCCUCCUCGUCCUCUUCUCAGUGCCUCAGGGACACUGUAGCUUCGCAAGAGGCAGAGGUGCUAGAAAGGGGGGUAGGUCCAACCAUGCUACCCCAGGCUCCAUUCACGGCCACACCCCUAGAGGAAAGAAGUGUUGCUGGGACCAAAACACUCACAACAUCCACAACACUAGUUCAUGCUCAAAAUAAGGUUUUUGAAAAAAGGACAAUUUCUGAGGUGGACAACAGCUCCACCUCUUCUACACCAGAGCUGCCCAUUGGUUGUGGCGAUGACAAUGUCACUGGCCACACCCAUAGUGAUGUCCCUAGCAUUGCCCUUAGUGAUGGCACUGCCGAUGUACGGGUGGAGGUGGUGAUAGAGCAGCAAGUGGCUUCCACACCGCUGAGAGAGGAGAGGUGGAUUCCCAUCAGUAACUCUGACGAAACCACAGAAGAGACGGAGCAGCAGUCCUAUGAACAGCAGACUGAAGAGCUGGAGCAGACCCAGAGAGAGUUGUCCAGACUCCAGCAGGUGAACAUCAGUCUGCAGCAACAGCUGCAGCAGGAGAGGGAACGUUCCAGGGUGAGCCGCCUACUACAGAAUGGCCUACCCACAUCUUUCAACCCGUCCUCCUCCGCACAGGCGUGCUCGUGGCAGCGUCUUCAGAAGCUGAACCAGGACCUGCGCUUCGAGCUGGAGGCCCAGAGGAGGAGCCAGGAGGAGGCGCGUGAGGCUGAACUGCAGCGGAGGGCUGAGUUCAUCGCCUUGCAGGCGCGGGCAUUAAGCGCAGGGGAGGCUGCAGCCUUGGCACGCUCUGAGCUGCAGCAGGAGCGUCAGAGCGCUCGGAAGCAGCGGGAGGAGGGGGAGCACAACCACCGACAGGAGUUGGAGUGUUUGCGCCAGCGACUACAAGAGGUGUCAGCCCAGAUGAAAGCAACAGAGGAGGCACAGGCCGAGAAGGAGGUGCGCCUGCAGAAGCACCUGGGCCUCCUGCAGGAGAGCCAGGACAGGGAACGCAGAAGCCUAGGGGCCAACCUGGCCCAGGCGGAGCGCCGGACCCAGGACCUGCAGGAGCAGCUGCAAAAGGCUGAGCAGCAAGCGAAGACAUUGUGGAAGGGGCAGGGUCAGCCGUGGGCCAGGGAAGGAGAGGUGGCGGAGGCUCAGCAGCAGCUGCAGGAGGAGUUGGCCCGCACAUUGGCGGCUAUAGGGAGGCUACAGGGGGAGGGGGAGCAGCUGGAGAGACGCUGCCAAGAGCUGCAGAACCAGCUGGCCGAGGCGGACGGGGAGGUGGUUCAGCUGCAGAGACGCCUACAGACGGAGGAGACUGACUUCUACAACCUGGAGCACUCCUACGAGAGUGUUUCAGAGGAGCUACAGCGGGCCCUGGGACAGGCGCAGGAGAGGGAGGCGGCAGCCAGCGAAGCCAGGGAGGACUACAAGAGGCUGCUGGACAGGAAGGAGCGGGAGCUGAGUGAAGCCUUGGUUAAGAUGGCCGCCCUUGGGAGCAGCCUGGAAGAGACGGAGCUGAAACUGAAUGAGGUGAAGGAAGCAUGUACCUGCUGUUCCUCUCUUCCUCUCUUCAAAGUGACUGACAACAGACUGAAUAUCAAAUCCAGCGGUCUGAAUUCACGGGAAACCCAGACCAUCCACCACUCCUACAAUAUAGACGGAGGACAGACAAACGGCAGCAGCGUCCCUGCCAUAAGCCACUCUGGACCUGGCUCAUGUUCUGUCGACCCGGCCUACCAGUACAUCGUUACGGCUGGAGAUGAUCCGGACAGGUUCAUGUCAGUGAUCCAGGUCCUGGAGACCAAGCUGUAUGUGACCGAGGAGAAAUUGAGAGACAUCACCCAGAGGCUGGAGGAGCCACAAGGUCAGUGGUGCAGCAGUGCAGCCGCCGACCCCCACGUCCUCUCCCAGCUCACCCAGAGCCGGGCCGCUACCCAGCGGCUUAGCCUCUUUCUUCACAACCAGGCCAAGCAGAGCAGGCGCUUCGCCCUGGAAACGGAGGGCCGAACCAGGGUGCUGGGUGGGCAGUGUCAGGUGGCCCUGGCCAGUGUGCAGGCCUGCAGAGAGAGGAUCCAAGCCCUGCUGAGGAGGAACCCUGGGGAAGGUAACAACGCUGACCUAGAAGCCGAGCUCUGUGCCCUGGAGAUGCAGCUGGUCACUGCUGCCGCCUGCCUCAGGCAAGGAGGAAUAAUUGCCGAUGAGCAAUGGCACGAGUGCCACCGAGCUCAGAGGGAGGAGGAAGACUUGAUUGAUGACAAGACACUAUCAGAGGACAAGGUUGAGCAAAUGGGCACAGGCACGUAUGCCACAAAGUCAUGCCCAGAAGGAGAGGAAGCUGGAAUGGAAACAUUGGGUAGAGCUUUAGCCCUGGAAGCGUCUACGUUAGAGAAGAUGGCGUUGGCAAUGCAGAGCCAAGAUAAAAAAAAUUGCCAGAAUGAAGCCCUCCUUGGUGGAGACGAAGGUGACUCCGCACACAUGUAUGCCGACGUGCUUUUGAAAAGGAUGGCCCUCGGAACGGAUUGUGGGGAACCAGUAGGUGGCGACACUGAGUCGGAGGAGAGCGUCAUUGGCAGGCUCUGUGCCAGAGCGGAGUUAGCUUACAUCUCUCUAACCUUACAGCAUCGCUACCAGGGAGAGCCGAUACAAGAAGAACUGCACUCUGACAACCCGACCAGGGAGCAGCUGUGGCGGAGCUCUCAGCCAGAGGAACAGUGUGGCGGCGCUGGGGAUAACAAUCUGAGCUCUGGUCAGGCCAGGGGUCUGGCUGAUGUCAGUCCUCCAGAGCUGGCUCCUUAUGAGGAACAGGUCCAGUUGAAGUCCAGAGGCCUCACAGACAACCUGCUGGAGAGGAUCCAAUCAGUCUGGAGUGGGGACAAGGCAGAGAAACAACACGACUGGACCGAAAGACUUGCAGUCCAGCUGAGGAAAAGGGCCAAGGUCUUGCACCAACUCAGUCAGGAGAUCCCCAGCAGCAGUGGCUCAAAGGACUUGACCCUGUACUGGCCGGAGGUGCUGGUCCAGUCACAGGUGACCUACGUGGCAUGCCGCCUGCAGCUGGAUCACGAACAGGAACUGCAGCAGUGCAAGGGGGCAUUCGACAGCCUAGGGGCGCUGUGUCAGGAGCAAGAGGCCAUGCUCAGCAAAGACCGCCGCACUUUUAGCCAUGCCCUGUCACGACUGCAGGAGGACAGCCAGGUCCUCAAGGAGAAGCUGGAGCAGGUGGAGCAAGGGAGGGCCGCAGCAGAGAGCGAGACCCGACGUAAGGUGGGUGUACUCCUAGCUGAUAUCGAGAGCAUCGAGGAUCGCCACGAGGAGCAGGUGCAGAAGCUGGAAGAGGAAUUCCAAGGGAAGAUGCAGGAGCUCCAGAAGAUCCACGAGGAGGAAAUGAUACGUCUGCACAGCCACCAUGCUCAGUCUGCCUGUGUUGCAACAGAUGCACAACACGAGUCCCGCUCAUCACAGACCACCCCUAACACUCCUCCCGAAAAAGCCACCUUCUACCCAGACUUCACCUUGGAUUCCACCCUGCAGGCAGAGAAAUUUAAUCUGGAUGGAGCCUGCAAAAUAGACAUGGUGUCUAUGGAAACAAUGAAGAAGCGAAUCCAUGUGCUUGAGACGCAGGUAAACACCAUGAAAGAUGAGGCGGGGAGACGGAAUCUGGAAGGGGAUGAAGUUGCCAUGAAGGAAGCUUAUCAGAGAGACCUUGAAAACAUCAAGGUUUCCUGUGAGCGUGGCUUCAUUGCCAUUGAGGAGGUACACCAGAAGCUGGUGGGGGAUCUGCAACGGCAGCACCAGAGGGAGGUGGCCACGCUCCUGCAGGAGAGAGACUGCCUACUGGAGGAGGAGACAGCCGCCACUGUCGCAGCGAUCGAGGCAAUCAGGAAUGCUCAUCGGGAGGAGCUGGAGAGGAGUCAGAGUGGAGGGAGCUCUGACAUCACGGACCUUCACUCCCAGUAUGAAGUUGAGCUGCGGUCUCUGCACAGGGAGCUGGAGGUGUUGUCGGGCCAGUACUCCCAGAAGUGUCUGGAGUGCGCCCAGAUGAAUCAGGCCCUGGAGGCCGAGAGACAGGCCCUGCUACAGUGCCAGAGGGAGAACCAGGUGCUCAGCAUCCACAAGCAGGCAAGACACCACCAGACACCCAUACAGUACACUGCAUGUACUCACCAAGUGUGCCAGUUUAGAUCAAUGACCACCAGACCUGGGUUGCGUUUAUUCGGCAGACCUGGGUUGAGUUCGAAUACCGGGUCCGACAGGAAAAAAUCUGCCGAGCUGACUCAGAGGCUGACCGAGGAGAUCUCUUGCAAGCACUCCCUUCUCAGCGAGGAACCGGCCACUGCCUUACAGGGAAAAGACCUCUACGAACUGGAGGUGAUCCUACGGGUCAGGGACACAGAGCUGCAGUGCCUCAAACAGGAGACCAACUCUCUGAAGGAGGAACUGAAAGCUGUUCACAGGGAUAAGGCGUACGCCAAAGACAAGCUCAAAGCCCUGUAUGCUGAGCUGAGCUUCAGCCAGUCCAAGGUCCAAUGUGACAUUCCCAAACUGCGAGAGGAACUCCAGACUGCAACAGGGUCUCCCAGGGAUGAGGGCAGGGGCGGCGACGGCUCCAAUGCUGCUCAGGCAUACGACAUAGUGAAGUUGACAAGCAACCCUGAUUUCCUGAAGAAGGAGAGGUCGACACUCACCAGGCAAAUCAGAGGAGUCAGGUCAAAGAGUCUGAAAGAGGGUCUUUCUGUCCAAGAGAGAAUGAAGCUGUUUGAGCCCAUGGACUAGAAAAAGAUCUGAUCAACAUUUUUUUGCUCAUUCUUCAGUGUGUGUGUGUGUGUGUGUGUAUGUGUUUGUGUGGUGUUUGCCAAUUGUGUGCAACAGUGCUAGUCUGAGUACAAGUCACUUUAGCUAACAUUCCACUCCUUGCCACUCCUUGUCAUUGCCAAUCUUCAUCUUUGGUAAAUGACAUGGAUUACAGGUAGUGGAUUAGCUAAAGAGACUGGUACCCAGACUACUGGAGUGCUUGGCUUGCCUGUGAUCUGUAGAGUGUACCAUUGGGAGAUUUUUAGGGCAUUGAUUUGGUGAGGUUGCAAGUAUUGUGAUUAACUAUUUAUUUAUAUAUGUAUUAUUACACAGACCAAAAUAUUGCACAGGUGUGCUAACUAAUAAAAAGCUCUUACAGGGCUCAAUGCACAAUGUGUUUCUCUCCUCCUAGUCCACUUCACCACAGCCGGACAGUGAUGUGAACUGUUUAAUUAGGGCAAAACAAAAUUCCCUAUGUAAGAACACACUCAAAUCUAAAUACUGGUCAUGUAAAAAUGCAUGGCUAUGAUUUUUUCAAUGUAUUUUAAUACACUUGUGUCCUGAAUUUUAGUGUUCCAUAUUAUUCAUAAAAUGUUUUUUAUUUGAAUGUCAAAGUGUGUCUAAAUAAAUGUAAUGU